AUGAAUGCACACGCAGGAGAAUUCGACCACAAGGACACUCGUCGUUUCAAGCAUACCCGCAUCGGUAUAUGGGAUCUCUACGAGGAACGCCAAACACUGGCAUGCAAACGAAUCUCAUCGAUAUUGCAGACAUAUACCCCGAUAAUCUACAGUGUUCCACUUCUAGUUCGCAUGCUCAAGGAUGUACUCAGCAUCAAACGAUGCUCCAUCCUUCUCCCCGCAUACUUUGUAGUAGAAGUUUUAGCUUCCCUCAUACCCGCUGUUUCUCUGUGGUACUCUGGACAAUUACUCCGCCUUGUAGAGGGCGUAAUGGAGGCACGUACUGUGGACACAACGGUGCUCGUGCAUUUUGCGGCAGCACAUGUCAUAUGCGCGGUUGCUAUGCGCUUUCUCAAAUACUCCCGAGACUGCAUGAUGCCUCGUCUGAGCUUGUACAUCAAACAAUUCUACAAUGAACGCAUGCUUCUCUCAGCUGUCCGCCUCGACCUGCCCGCAUUUCAAACUCUUUAUCAGCUCCUCGCACGCAUCGCAAUCAUACUUCUUCGUCUGCUCUCUUGCCUUUUGGUUCUGAGUACAGUCAUGUGGGAACAACAGGAUGGUCUACUUCUCGUGGUUCUCAGUUUUUUGCAAUACUUAUUGCCCUGGGACAGCACGGGAAAAGCAGUGGUCGGAUCCUUAGCCAGAUACGUAGUUUGGGCCGCGACAACGACCAACGAGAAUUUUAUUUGCAUGCAAGGUCUGAAGGAACUCAUUACUGACCCCUCACACCGUCGAGAGUUUGUCGCAGGCAACUUCAGCGAACACAUUAGUGCACGAUUUCGCGAAGCAUCUCAGCGCAUCGGUCACGAUGCGGUUGAAUUCCCAGAGCUGAACCGAUUUCGUUCUUUCAAGGACUGUCUGAGUAUCACGUUCAUCAUCCGAGAAAUAAUGCAUGUGUUACCUCAGAUUGUCUUCGCCUUGCGCGUAGUGAAAAAUCCAAUGACCACUCCCCUCUCCUUGGCAUCACUCAUAUUGAUCAAGCAAGUCUUUGAUCCAUUCAGCAGCACAGAUUUCUCGACAUCUAGCAUGUUAGCCGGUCUUGCGACUCAAUUGUCCAUAACACGCAAGGUGUAUAAUAUGGAGAACAUACGGAAUAAGGUUGUGGAUGGCACGGAACCGUUCCCCGAGAACCAACAGUCUCUCGCAAAUGGCAUUUGUAUUGAGUUUAGGAAUGUUUCAUUCCAGUACCCUGGUCGAGACAGGUGUGCUCUGCGGAAUGUAUCAUUCAAGAUCGAGGCUGGUCAGCUAUGCGUCGUUGUUGGCGUGAACGGCUCUGGAAAGAGUACGAUCUUGAACCUGAUCUCCCGCAUCUACGACCCAACGGAGGGCACCAUCCUUAUCGACGACCGUGACAUCAAAACCUUGAAACUUGCUGACCUCCGUGCUGCUAUGUCCAUCCUCUUCCAAGACUAUUCGCAAUUCCCCCUCUCCAUGCGCGAGAAUAUUGGGCUUGGCAACCCCGCCCUUGCACGUGAGGAUGACAAGGUUCACGAAGCCGCCCGUCUCGGCGACGCAGAAGACUUCAUCGAUGAGCUCCCUCGUGGAUUUGAUACCUAUCUCGACUGCCUCGUGUAUAAUUACCAUGGAGACCUUCCUGAAGGUACUACGACGCUUUUCGGGCAUCCCGUUGACUCCUCGCCACGGAAUGUCGUUGGCGGUGUUCAUACCACCGGAGCUCCAGGCAUUCAAAUCAGCCGCGGGCAGGCCCAGCGCCUUGCAAUUCUCGAUAUGGACUAUUCAAAUAGCUCCCGCACAUUCAUGCGCUCGUUGGUCUCUGAAACUGAGUCUUCUGCUGGCAUGCUGUUAUUCGACGAGCCGAGUGCCUCUCUGGAUCCUACGGCCGAACAUGGUCUCUUCGAGCGUCUACGGAAGUUGAGGGGUAACAAGACCAUGAUAUUUUCCACUCACCGGUUUGGAAAUCUCACCCGAUAUGCGAACCUCAUUUUGUACAUCGACGAAACUGUCCAGGAAAAAGGAACGCAUGAUGAACUCAUGAAGAAAGGGGGAGAGUAUGCUCGUAUUUGGAACCUUCAAGCGAAAUCUUUCAUUCAAUAA